GUAUUUAGAAUCUAUAAUAUAUCAUUGAUUUGAAUGAAAUCAGAAGCAUGGAGUCUGUCUCAGUUCAGAAUGUAUUGUAUUGUAUUUGCCAUUUUUACUGUUUGUCUUACGUCAGCGCACGUGGCGUGUCGUGACUUCAGGAGGCGUGGUUAAGUGCCCUGUACGGAGGGGUCAAUUUCUCAUCAUGUUCUUCCCUCACUUGUGAGCAAAACCCAAGACACUUGAACUACUCCAUUUGGGGUAGGAUCUCAUCCCCGACCUGGAGAAGGUACACCACCCUUGAACCAACUGAGGACCAUUGUCUCAGAUUUUGAGGUGCUGGUUCUCAUCACAGCCAGUUCACACUUUGCGACGAAGCACUCCAGUGAGAGUUGGACAUCACUGCUUGAUAAAGACAACAGAACCACAUCUGCAAAAAAUCAGAAAUGCAAUACUGAGGCCACCAAACCAGAUCCCCUCUAUGCCUCCGCUGCGACUACGAAUUCUGUCCAUAAAAGUUCUGAAAAGAAACAGUGACAAAGGUCAGCCCUGCCUGAGUCCAACCCUCACCCGAAACGAGUCUGACUUACCGCAGAGUAAAUUCUGACACCGGUCGUACAGUGACCGAACAGCCUGUAUCUGAGGUUUCGAUACCCCAUAUUCCUGAAGAACUCCCCACAGGACUUCCCAAGCGAAACGGUUGAACGCAUUCUCCAAGUCCACAAAACAUAUGUAGACCGGUUGGGCGAACUCCCAUUCACCCUCGAAGACCCUGCCGAAGAUGUAGAGCUUGUCCACUGUAACAUGACUAGGACGAAAACCACAUUGCUUUUCCUGAAUCUGAGAUUCGAUUUCUCGAUUGAUCCUCCUCUCCAGCACCCCUGAAUGGACCUUACAGGGGAGGCUGAAGAGUUGGAUCUCUGUGUAGUUGGAACACAUCCUCCGGUCCCAGUUCUUAAAAGCGGGGACCACCACGCCAGUCUGCCAAUCAGGAGACACACAAUGUUGCAGAGGCCUGUCAUCCUGGACAGCCCCACAACAUCCAGAGCCUUUAGGAACUCCGGAUGAAUGUCAUGCCACCGAGGAGCUUUUUAACCACCAGCCCAGCUCAGAGAACAUUGACUCUAUUUUUUCAUUGGAAGGCAUGUUGAGAUCUUCAAAGUAUUCUUCCCACUCAUGUCCCAUGUCAACUCAUAUCCCGAGUUGAGGUCAGCAGAGUCCCAUCCUCACUAUACACAGUGUUGAUGGUACACUGCUUCCCCCUCCAAAAUGUUUCUUUUUAACUGAAAAUCCCAUAUUACUUUCCAUGUCACUUUUAACUUUCACUCCAAACUCAACAGUUGUCAUACCACUGUCUCUGUGGUAGAAAAAAAGAAAGAAAGAAGAAAAAAAUCCUUUGAGAACCAACUGAGAUUAAGCCUCGUGUGAUAUGACAUGUUGUGCAUGCAGUAUAUGGAUUUUAUUUGAAACUUUUAAGAUGCAUCCACCCCCAAGAAAAAAAGAGAAGAAAAAAAACAGUACCCUUAAAACCCUGUAAUGCAAUGGUUUUCAAACUGGGGAGCACGGUGUUAAGGGGCUACCAUGGACACUUUUCAUAAUUAAGUUAGACCCAGCAGAUGGAGUAAUUUUACUACCAAAACACACAAUCCACAAAAGAAUUGAUCGCCCUGAAAAUAAUUUAAUCUCCAAAAGGGGGGGCUGCAAAAAAUGUUUGGCAACCACUGUAGUAAUGCAACAUAAUAACCGACCCUUAUUUUCCACUGUUCACAGGUGCUGAGGGUGAUGUUCAUCUCUCCUAGCACAACAUCAGGAAUGUUUUUGUAACUUAACUCCUCGUGCCACUAACCUGCUUGUGGGAAUUUUGAAAAAAAAAAAUGGCAUUUGGUGACCUUUUGGAGCAGGUGGGCAGCACAGGCCGCUUCCAGGUCCUGCAUGUGACCCUGCUCUGUGUUCCAAUGCUCAUGAUAGCCAGUCACAACCUGCUGCAGAAUUUUGUGGCCGCUGUACCUCCUCACUAUUGUAGGGCAGACCCAAACAUCUCUCAGACGCAGUUUAGCCAGAGAGAUAUCCUGACAGUCACGGUGCCUUUAGACCAAACCGGCAAGCAUCAGAGCUGCAGACGCUACGUUAUUCCACAGUGGCACCUCCUGGACAAAAAUGGCACUUUGAAACAAGAAGAACAGGAUGUCAAUGUAAGCCUCCAAGGAUGCUUAGACGGAUGGGCCUAUAAUUUGACUGGGAUGACCACCACAAUCAUAGCAGAGUGGGAUUUGGUGUGUGAUCUACGAUCUUUUAAACAAAUGGGCCAAACAGUCUACAUGGGAGGUGUUGUUGCGGGAUCCAUUGUCUUGGGAAGUCUUGCAGACAAGUUUGGGCGAUGCAGGCUUUUGAUCAUUUCUCACCUGCUGAUGGCAGUGGCUGGGAGCUGUGCUGCUUUCUCCACAUCCUUCUCAGUGUUCUGCCUUUGCCGAUUUGGUUGCGGAAUGGCUGUGUCAGGCGUGAUCCUCAAUACGCUCUCUCUCAUUGUGGAGUGGAUUCCAACGCGUGGGCGGACUGGAGUGGGAACUCUGUCAGGUUACUGUUACACGGUGGGACAGUUGAUCCAGACAGCUAUUGCUUAUUACGUUCGGGAUUGGAGAUGGUUGACCUUUGCCGUCUCUUCACCCUUUUAUGUCUUCUUCAUCUUUUCAUGGUGGUUUCAUGAAUCUUCAAGAUGGUUGGUCCUGAGACGAAACUUUGACCGAGCCAUCAAGAAUCUUAAAAGUGUUGCAAAAAUCAAUGGACGCCAUGAGGAAGGAGAUAAAAUUGACAUCAAAAUGGUGCAAGAGUACAUGAAGAAUGAGAUAUCAUGCUCACAAGGCUCCCACACUGUCUUGGAUCUGUUUCGCACUCCCACAAUGAGGACGAUGACAAUCUGCCUGAGUGCUGUCUGGUUAUCAACAAGCUUUGCGUACUAUGGGCUAGCUAUGGACCUCCAGAAGUUUGGAGUGGACUUCUACUUAAUCCAAGUCAUCUUUGCAGCAGUGGACAUUCCCGCCAAGGUCAUCGUAACUUUGACAAUGAGUUUUAUCGGACGCCGUCCAUCCCAAGUUGGUGCACUUAUCAUUGCGGGACUCACCGUACUGAUCAACCUGAUGGUACCUUAUGACCAACAGACGCUGCGUACGUCUCUUGCUGUCGUGGGGAAAGGCUGCCUUGCUGCUUCCUUCAGCUGCUGUUUCCUUUACUCUGGCGAGCUCUUCCCCACCAUAAUUCGUCAGAAUGGAAUGGGCUGGGGAUCGAUGAUGGCUCGUAUCGGAGCAAUGGUGGCCCCGAUGGUGCUUCUGAGUGGUGACUUCAUACCUUGGCUGCCGGGUAUGAUCUACGGAGGAGCUCCCGUCAUCAGCGGCGUGGCAGCCAUAUUCCUCCCAGAAACACUUGGAUCACCGCUUCCUGACACAAUACAAGACGUGGAAGACAGAGGCACUGGGAGACUGUGCAAAACGGCACGAAAGGAGGCAGCCGUUCUGCAAGACACGCAACUGAAUCUCCUGAAGGAGAAUGUUUGAAGCCAUCAAAAUGAUGUUCCUGAUUAACUGUAUAACUUGAGUAAGCACAUGUUUCUGCAGCUGUAUUGGUAUUGAUUUUAUUUAAUCCUUCUGUAUGACUGCCACAAUUAUGGAGACUGAUGCUCGUUAUUGACAGGUCAAUUGUGGGUGGGGAGAAUCACAUAGUUUUACAGGAGCAUUGAGGACUUUAACGUUGCUGGGGCCUCAUAAUGUUUAAUUUUAAAAUCACCCAGAGAAAGUUCUUUAGCGAUACAAAAGAAAAGCACUCGCUGUGUGUGUGUGUGUGUUGCGUGACGUCAUUGAGUACUUAUUUUUUUCGCAACAAACAAAAGUUUGAGAGACUCGGUUCUCUCGAUUUCAGUAUGACCCCAACACUUUAAACAAUAUAGUAGAACUUAAUUUGACCUUCUCUUGAACUUGACUUUGUCGUUGAGCUCCAUGGCAAACUAAGGUUAGCCAGCUAAAUCCUUUAGGUCAAUUACAAAUACAGAACAUAUGCAGAAAUGUGAUGAACCAUCAGUCCAACAAGUACGGGAUUAACUUGUUCAACCCCAGAAGCAAACAGGACGGCAAUUUGAGAUCAUGUACAGCCCUGGAUAAUACUAACC